AUGACUAUUGGAAAGAUCGUUUUCUACGACGACAGAAAGUUUCAGGGCUGUGACUGUGCAGAUCUGCACACAUAUUUUACCAAAUGUCAAUCCGUCAGGGUAGAGAAUGGGUUCUUCAUGGUGUACUAACAUCCACAUUUUAUGGGCAAGCAGCACUUCCUGCAAAGGGGCAACUACUCCGACUGUCAGCGCACGACUGGUUUCAGUAACUGUUUCAGAUCAUGCCGCAUGAUUCCCAUGUACAAUGGUGAUUACAGAAUGAGACUAUAUGAGGGGGCUGAUGAUGACUGCCCUAACAUCAUGGACCGCUUUCACACAUCUGACAUCCAGUCCUGUCACGUGAUGGAUGGCCAUUGGCCCCCUUACGAACAGCCCAACUACAGGGGCCAAAUGUACUACCUUGGACCAGGUGAAUACAAGAAGUACAGUGAAUGGGGUGGAACUUGCCCGAGAAUCGGAUCCCUCCGAAGAAUCACCAUUUAA